AUGAAGGCCCUCGUGUAUAGCUCGUACAGCGGCGCCAGCGCGCUAUCUGUCAAAGCCAUUCCAGCUCCUGUCCCCACGUUAAAUCAAGUGCUCGUGAAAGUGGCCGCCGCGUCUAUCAACAAAGGCGACCUAGUCCUCCUCGACGGGACCACGCUCGCAGUACGCCUCGCGGCAGGCCACCCGAUCGGUCCGAAUCCAGACAGCGUCAUCGGGUCCGACUUUGCCGGCGUCGUUCAUGCCGUGGGUGCGAACGUGACCAAGUUUCACGUCGGGGACGAAGUGUACGGGCAAGUGGACUUUACGACGGGGCGAGGGUCGUUUGCCGAGUUUGUGUGCAUGUCCGAGACCGACACAAUGUGCCUCAAACCCACCAACUUGACGUUUGUCGAAGCCGCGGCGAUGCCUUGUGCGGCGCAGACAGCACUACAAACGAUACGAGACGACGGUGGGGUCAAAUCUGGCUCCAAGGUCGUGAUCAACGGCGCGUCGGGGGGCGUUGGGUCGUAUGCCAUUCAAAUUGCGAAGGCCCUCGGGGCCCACGUCACUGCUGAAACGCACGAGAGCUGGGCGCCAACGUCGUGGUGGACUGUCUUUCGGAGGACUUUGUCCAGCAAUGCCAAGGCCAAGCGGACGUUCACAUGGACUACGUGGGAAAUCGAUCGAUGCGAGAAAAUUGCCGGGUGCUGGCGGAACAUGGCACGUAUGUGA